CCGCCUCUCUGAACUACGGUACCGCCUCCAAUGUCCGCCGUUACCAGCCCCAACCCCCACGUUCUGGUGUUCCCCUACCCAGCUCAAGGCCACAUGCUGCCGCUUCUCGACUUAACCCACCAGCUCUCUCUCCACAAUCUCACCAUAACCAUCGUCAUCACUCCCAAGAACCUCCCUUUCCUCUCCCAUCUCCUUUCCUCCCACCCCUCUAUAACCCCCCUCGUUCUACCCUUCCCUUCCCACCCCUCCAUCCCCGCCGGCGUAGAGCACGUCAAGGACCUCGGAAACACAGGAAACCUCCCCAUCACGGUUUCUCUCCGCAAGCUUCAGGACCCCUUGGUCCAGUGGUUCGCUUCUCAUCCUAACCCACCCGUCGCCAUCAUCUCCGAUUUCUUCCUCGGGUGGACCCAACAUCUCGCUGGUGAGUUAAAUAUCCCCCGGAUCACGUUCUACUCUUCCGGUGCUUUCCUGGUUUCUGUCAACUUGUAUCUGUUUAGCGAUGCUGAAAAGUUUAAGCCUUUGAAAGAGGUGGAAUUUGGGACUUUACCGGGCGCCCCGGUUUUCAAGGAGGAGCAUUUGCCUUCUAUCUUCCGCUUUCACCGGCGUUCCGAUCCGGCUUGGGAACUUGUUUUGGACGGCAUGAUCGCAAACAAACGGAGUUGGGGUUCCGUUUUCAAUUCCUUCGACGCUCUCGAAGGCAAAUACCUGGAGCAUGAGACAAAAGAAAUGGGUCACGAUCGGGUGUUCGGUCUCAGUCCGCUAAGUUUAACGGGUCUGGACCCAUCAGCCCGGGGAAAUGCGGAUUCAAAUCCAAAUCACCGGGUGUUGACAUGGCUCGAAGGGUGUCCGGAUGGAUCCGUCGUUUACGUUUGCUUCGGUAGCCAAAAGCUGUUGAGCAGGGAACAGAUGGCGGCGCUUGCAGCCGGCCUAGAGAAGAGCGGAACCCGGUUCGUAUGGGUCGUGAAAACGGGCACAACCCAACAAACAGAAUCCGGUUACGGAGCCGUACCCGAGGGCUUUGAAGAACGUGUGGCGGGCAGGGGGCUAGUCCUUAAAGAGUGGGCACCACAGGUGUUAAUACUGAGUCACAAAGCGGUGGGUGGGUUUCUGAGUCACUGUGGGUGGAACUCCGUGCUGGAGGCUAUAGUGGGUGGGGUCAUGAUCCUGGCAUGGCCAAUGGAGGCUGACCAGUUUGUGAAUGCGAGAUGAAUUUAUUAUGAAAGAAUUUCACUAUAAAAAAUAAAAAAACAAAAUCGUA